AGUUUCAUUUUUAUUUUCUUUUUCCCCCCUUUAUUACUUAGGCACAUUGAGAUCAAAUUAUUUCAUUCUUCUUCCAAUCAUUUUCCGGAGAAGAGGAAUCAUACCCACCAAAGAAAAACUGAUAAAUUUUCAUUUUUGCUUCGUUUGAAAUUCUGGGUUGCGUCUAUUUUGCGGAAAUGGAAUCCCCGAGCCCUGAAAGCGUGGCCUCGUCGGAGUUUUUGGACGAAGAUGCGAUCCAGAGCCGUUGCCACCAGUUUGUCUCAGUUCCAAAGCAUCAGAUUCAGAAGCCAAUCACCACCACCACCACGACCAGUGUCUACAAGCUUCUAGAAUGCCCCGUCUGCUCCAAUUCCAUGUACCCUCCCAUCCACCAGUGUCACAAUGGGCAUACUCUUUGUUCUGCCUGCAAAACUAUACACAACCGAUGCCCGACUUGCAAACUUGAUCUUGGUGACAUAAGGUGUUUGGCACUGGAAAAGGUGGCUGAAUCACUUGACAUGCCUUGCAAGUAUUUAGCUCUUGGGUGUCCGGAGAUAUUCCCCUAUUACAGUAAAAUCAAACAUGAGCUUGUUUGUAAUUUCAGACCCUACAACUGCCCGUACGCUGGAUCAGACUGCUCCGUUGUUGGUGAUAUACGGUUCCUUGUUUCUCAUCUACGCGAUGAUCACAAGGUGGAUAUGCAUUCUGGCUCCACUUUUAACCAUCGUUACGUCAAGGCUAAUCCCCGUGAAGUAGAAAACGCUACAUGGAUGUUAACCGUCUUCCAUUGUUUUGGUCAAUAUUUCUGUCUCCAUUUUGAAGCCUUCCAAAUCGGGAUGGCUCCUGUCUACAUGGCCUUUCUCCGUUUCAUGGGAGACGAGACAGAAGCUCAUAACUACAGCUACAGCCUCGAGGUUGGGGGAAAUGGCCGAAAGCUUAUCUGGGAAGGCAACCCUAGAAGCAUUAGGGAUAGCCACAGGAAGGUCAGAGACAGCCAUGAUGGCCUCAUAAUACAACGCAACUUGGCCAUCUUCUUCUCUGGAGGAGAAAGGAAAGAUCUCAAGUUGCGAGUUACGGGGCGGAUAUGGAAAGAACAACAAAACCCGGAAGGGGGAACCUGCAUACCGCUGUGCACUUAGCGUGCUUGUUUGUAUAUCUGUCUCUCUUCUGUAUGUGUCCUGAACAAUCUAUUCAAGUGGUUCUGGACAUUGCUGGAUUACCUUUGUUAUGUUUCCAUCAUUUUGGUAUAUACAACGUCAACAUGUGAAGCUUCCAGUUUUCCUUAUAGCUGAUAAAAUAUGGAAACUUGACUUUUAUGAUGUUUUUAGAAUUAAAUAUGCGUGUAUGGAUUAGAUGUAUAUCUAUGUGGAACGAGGCAAUUUUCUAUUAGUAGGUAUUUUCAAACGUUUGAGUCGGGUGGAGUAGAGGAACGAGGAGAGGAGAGGAAAACAGAAAACAGAAACAGAAGUAAAUUCGGGUGUACACCAAAUCAUUAAAACUUAUUAGCUCAUUGGUAAAUUCUUUGCUUACCAGUUAGUUUCCUAUCUUUUUUUUUUCGCUUUUUGUGUGUGUGUGUGUAAAUUCAUAUGGAAGAAUCCACGUUAAAAUAUAUAACGCAGUCCUCACUUUGGGGGAGAAUUGAGUUUCGAAUGG